AAGAAAGAGAGACUCAGGAUUCCUACUUUCACCCGCGGAAAGAAACACAGUGCGCGUCUGUGUAGAGCAGAAGUUCAGUCUCUGGCUAGGUUCGCAGGAUUUUGGAGGUUUCACUUUUAUUAUAAGAGACGCCUUUAUUGCACGCGGAUUCGUGUCGGACUUCUGCUAUGUGGUGGAUGAGUCGUGAUUUAUGAACGACUGAAACAUUUUCUCAACCUGCAGCUGCGAGUCCCGGUGCGCCGAGCGCGUUUCUCCCAGCGGAUCAUACGCGCGUCUUGCGCAUUGUGCGCCUUUACGCAUCGGGUGGAUUUUGGGCACGGGACCUGUACUGCGAUGUUGCGGACACCUGUCGUGAUUUUCACUUCUCUGUCGCUCGUCGUAUCGCUGUCGUUUGCUGGAGAUGUAAAAUCGCGCAGCUGCGGCGACGUGCGCCAUGCGUACAUGUCCAAAGGCUUCAGUCUCCAUAAUGUGCCACAUCAGGAGAUACCAGGUGAACAUCUGCGGGUUUGCUCUCAAGGGUACACCUGCUGUACCUCCGAGAUGGAAGAGAAACUCGGGCACCAGAGCAAGCUGGAUUUUGAGAAAUUAGUCGAAGACAGCAGCCACACCAUACGGACAAUAUUUACCUCCAAACACAAGAAGUUUGACGAAUUCUUCCUGGAGUUGCUGGACAACUCGGAAAAGUCGCUCAACGACAUGUUCGUGCGCACAUACGGCAUACUCUACACUCACAACUCGGAGAUGUUCGAGGAGCUGUUCUCCGAGCUCAAGCGCUAUUACACCGGCGGAAACGUCAAUCUGGAGGAGAUGCUGAACGACUUCUGGAUGAGGUUGUUGGAGCGAAUGUUUCAGCUGCUUAACUCGGAGUACACGCUCACAGAGGACUUUCUGGAGUGCAUCAGCAAAUACACAGACCAGCUAAAGCCCUUCGGAGACGUCCCGCGCAAGCUCAAGGCUCAGGUCACGAAGGCCUUCAUCGUGGCUCGAUCGUUCGUUCAAGGACUCAUGGUGGGUCGAGAAGUGGCCAACAGGGUGGCAAAGGUCAAUAUAUCACCGGGGUGCAGCAAAGCGCUGACCAAAAUGCUGUAUUGCCCAUACUGUGGAGGAAUGCCAGAUCUUAAACCCUGCGCCAGCUACUGCCAAAAUGUCAUGCGAGGCUGUCUGGCAAACCAAGCGGACCUCGAUCCAGAGUGGAACCUCUUCAUCGAUGCCAUGCUGCUAGUAGCUGAUAGGCUGGAGGGACCGUUUAACAUCGAGGCUGUCAUGGAACCGAUUGAUGUGAAGAUCUCAGAAGCAAUCAUGAUCAUGCAAGACAACAGUAUGCAGGUUUCAGCUAAGGUAUUCAGUGGAUGCGGUAAGCCCAAACCGGUCGAAAUGGGAAGGUCUGCCCGCGGGAUCUCGGAUGUGUUCAACAGUCGUUUCAAACCGUACAGCCCAGAUGAAAGGCCGACCACAGCAGCAGGGACCAGUUUGGACAGACUGAGGAAUGUUUGGACGACUAUGCAACACAGUGUGAUCGACAUUAAGGAGGAGCUCAAACAGUCGAAGAAGUUCUGGUCGUCGCUGCCAGACGUCAUCUGUGCGGAGGAUAAAGUGACUGACCCAAAUGAAGAGCAGUGCUGGAACAGCCACACAAAGGGAAGAUAUUUUCCUGAAGUUGUGAAAGACGGUCUUACAAACCAGCUCAAUAAUCCAGAGGUGGACGUGGACAUCACAAGACCGGACACGUUCAUCCGUCAGCAGAUCAUGACCCUCAGAGUAAUGACCAACAAGUUACGAAACGCUUACAACGGGAAAGAUGUCUACUUUCAAGAUUCAAGUGAUGAGGAGAGCGGUUCGGGCAGCGGUAGCGGCUUCACGACAGUACCCGAGGUGGUGAAGACGGAGCCUCCGAUGGUGGAAGCCGACAUCAGCGAACCGCAGCCUGCGGCGGAUGCGUCUGGUCAGCAAAAGCCUCGUCUGCAGUUAUUAGUCGGUGUAAUCGCGCUCGUAUCCCUGUUACUGCAGUGGAGAUAAUGGCAGGAGGAGGCAACAGCCAAACAGACUUUAAAGACAAACGCAGCGUCGUUCUUGACACGCUGUUAGCCUUUGCCUCAAUGGACUGGACGUUUUCCAAAAAAAGCCCUCGAUAAAACGGAGAACAAGCUCGCUAGCUGAACGUAUGGAGAGUUCAUAUUUGCAUCCUGCUUGUUCCAAAGAAUGCUUGGUGCAAUCAAAAAUCUGCUUCUAUUUUGGCCAACGUUUCGAAAUGAAGUUAAAGGUGAUGUGUGUAAUUUUUUUCCGAUGUUUAAAUACUUUCUCCUCUCCCUGCUUAAUAGGCAGAGACGACAUUCGUAGGUUUGAAGCGCUCUGUGCUUUCCAAACUUUGCUCUGUUCGUUUGAGCAGCCCACCAGCCAAAGCAUCAUCGACUCGACCAAUGGCGUGAAUUUGGGACGGGACUAUCCGUUUGUCCGACCAAUGGCAGAUUGGGGGUUCUUGAUAGCGGUUAAUAUUGCAGAAAUUACACGCUUCACCUUUAAAAGAAAAACAAACUUUUAGGACAAUAGGUGGUUGCCGCACAGAUGGGACCACUUUUCAUGUUUGUUUGGGAAAAGAGAGAAUAAUAAAAAUAUAUUUUUUCCUUUUAUACUGCAUAAAAUGAGUCAAACUAAAAGCGCUCUGGUGUUUUUUUAUGUUCUCCCCUUUUAUUAAUCCGAUAAAGAAAUCAAGAUAUAAACUUAAAAAUAAUCGAAACGAAACUUGUUUAUGUACCACUGUGAGAAUGCAUGGGGAGGUCAUGAGUACAUGUUUUCAACUGUGAUUUUCACACAAUUAUAAGUUUUUUUAAGUUAAAGUGAAGUACUGUUACGAUUGAAUGUAUAAAGAGUCUGGUAAAUUUCCCCCGAGGGCUGCGCCUGCUUAACUCAAAUUAAAUGAUCCAUAUCUUAAUAUAUAAAGGUUUUAGUUAUAAGCGUUUUCUUACAGAGAAAGAUUUAUUUAUAUUUCUAAUAUAAUUAUAUAUUUUGCCUUUACCAGUUAGCAACUUUUAUUCUAACAGAUUUGCUCCUGCUAAAGAUUAUUUUAUCCCCUGUUCGAUGCAAGCAUAAUAUUAUUUUCUGAAUUAAACUUAAAUUUGUUGAUUUUUCACAGUGACCAGUACUGUAACUCGAAACUUUAUAACAUAGAAAAUUUUUAUUCCGAACAUGUGAAAUGAUUUUCUCUUAAAAUGAAACAAUUAUAUGAAAUUGUGAUUUGGGUUCUGAGCCUGAAUUCGGCAGUAUUGGAAGUUUGGAAUGGGCUUGCGUCUGAAUUAACCGUGUUAAGUGUUCAAACAGACCCUUUUGUUUUUAUGCACAUUUAUAUAUAUAUUCAUCAUUUAUAUAUUCAUUAUCAUAUAUUCACAACCCUCAUUUACAAUAUUUUCUUAAUUUCAGUACUUUCUACUGUAUGUACCUCACUGUGUUAGCGUUUCACUUUUACCAAUGCAUUUUAUUUUGAAUCAUUGGGCCUUAUUCGUGCAACACAAGCGUAAGUAAUGUCUGUGUAAACUGUAAUGCAAAUUUGACACAAUUCUUUAGCAAAAUCUAGUCAUAAAGACUUCCCGUUUUGAUGCAUUUUAUGUUUGUUUGUUUGUUUUUUUGUUUUUACAUCGCUUAUAUAAAAAAAUUACAAACUAUUUGCACAGUAUAGCCUACACUGUCAGGAAAAAAUGGUCCUUAGCUGUCACUGGGGGGAAACUCUUUCAAAAAGUAAACCUUUGCACCAAAUGUCUUCAUAUUAGUACCUCGAAAGUACAUAUUGGUACCAAAUAUAUGCAUGUCUGCACUUAACUCAUUCCCUGCCAGCCAUUUUUUUUAAAGUUGCCCGCCAGCAUUUUUUGUGAUUUUGACAAAAGUUUUAUAAGAUGCCUUCCAAAAAAUAUUUUAAAAAUAUAUAAAUAUACAAAUAUAUCAAAUGAAAAACAGACCCAACAAACAAAACGGGAAAAAACUUUUCAUCCUAUUUAUAUAUUUUUUUCUCUGCUUAAAAACUCUUAAAUAUGGGUAUUUCUAUUUUAAAAUAAUUUUUUUAGCAAAAAUCUGAAAUAUUUUGUGAAAGAAUUUUGUUAGAGAUCUACGGAGCCCCUAAGGUGACAUUGGAGUAAAAAAAUCAAAAGUUUAGUUUCACGUGUGCACGCGAAAGUUUCACGUACACGCGCGAUAGUUUCACGUGCGCACAAGAAACUAAACUUUAUUUUUUUCUCCAUGUCCCCUUAGGGGCUCCAUAGAGAUCAGAUUCAGAACAAUUAUCAAAAAUUACAUAGAGUAGUAAAUAACGUUUUGGCUUAACUUUUUUCAUACAUUGGGUUUUUACAGAUGGUUACAGAUUAACAUAAAAAAUCUUUCUCUUAAUUGACGAGAUAACUCGUCAAUGGCGGGGAAAGAGUUAACAUUAAGACAUUUUUAAGGGUUCUGCCCCAGUGACACCUUGUGGCCAUUUUUUGAGGAUUUAUUUCUAACAGUGCAGUUUUGCUUGCGGUUCAUGAGGCUCGUGGAGUCAGGGAGUUCAUAUGAAUGUCACAAGGGCACUUUCGAUCUUCUGUUCGUUCUGUAGUUGUGAAUGUUCCCAGUCCGAUAAAGUUCAGAUCAAAUUUGUACAGGCGAUGUUUCUGGGUUUGACGACUCAGACCUCCCGUUACGAAUGCUGGCAUGUUUUAAAUUACCUCUUGUUUGUAGAGCGCCAUGCAUUUACUCUUACAGAGCUCUUCACAUUCAGACCUGACUUUUAAAAUGGUGAAAUGCAAAGAUAAUGCUCUCAUUUCAUAGUGAAGGUUGGAUUUAGAGAGCAUUCGUGAGGUAGAUGAGUAUGAGGACAUGUAAACGUGUUUGAAAAUGAAAGGUCGUGCGUAGCGAUGCUCCGGUGAAUCUGCUGUUGAAAGCAGGAAGCUCCUGAAAGAGUUUGUGCUUUGUGCUCGCACCCGAGUACCUUUGUCUUUCCUGAGAGGCUCGGAAAUAGCACAGUGUUUUUGGAAAAGAGGAAACUGGAGGUUGUGUUUUAAUACAAAAUUGGGCAUAAUUGCGUAAUACGGACCUUAUUUUGAACAAUUCACGAGUGCACUCCGGUCUAAAGAAAUCAGAGCUCAUCUAACAACAUGGCAACUUCAUUUCAAGCCAAAAACAUUGCAAGGGUCGUGUUAGUGCAAAACUUUUUUGAUUUUUAAUUUCUGUUGGCCUGGUUGCUCGUGUACGAGUGUGAAGUUGAUGUGUUUAUAAAGAGAAUGUCAUAUGUAAGAUUGUUUCUACUUAUGGUGUGAAUGUAUGGCUUUCUUUAAUCAUUUCAAAAGAUGUCACCACGUUUCCUCGAGGAUGAAAUGACUGAGAUAUGUCCUUGAGAAAAAGGACCGUAGUUUUUAAUGACGUUUAAUAUCAAAGUAACCCAGCGUGUUUUCAUUUCCACAUUGCACUUUGCGAUUGAGUUCCACAUCAAGAUUCGUUCUCGUUCUGAGUGACAAACAAAGUUUACAUGAAAACAAGUACAAGCCAUGUCAAAUACAUGUUUGAAACGCUUUGAGACGAUGUGUGGUUUGAAAGUGGUUGUUCCUACUGAAGCACGCUGCUCUCAGCUACUGUAGGUGAGGUGCGACAUUUUAAAGACAUGCCUUACAGUUUUCCUUUCUUUUUUAAGAGAAAAAAAAUAACUAAAUGGAUUGCAUAUUUGGAUUUUGUUACUCUCUCUUAUAUACCGACAAGUAAUGAAGGGGUGCAAAUAAACAUUUUAUAUGAAAAA